GUCUGUAUAUGCUGUUUAUCAAAUUCACCACUUUUAAUUAAGUUUUAUUUUAAAGCACCGUGAGCAGGAAUGAUUUUUUUCCAGCAUACAUAUACGUAUGUAUAGAUACAGUCUUCAUAUACACGAUAUACCAUAUCACUUCUGAGGCACACAUAUUCUGGAGUCGUACUUUGUAAACCUGGUCUUCUGUCCUUUCAGACAUGUUGUCAACUGUAGCAAUAAUUCUAAGAGUAGCUCCUUAAUUUACCAAAAAAGCAAACAGAUCUGGCUUCAUAUAACAAAGCAUUUAUCACAAGAUAAUUUUCAGUUGCUUUAGUACUUAACCAGACUUUAAUUGGUGAUUCAUUUAUAGAAGCUCUCCUAACACCAGAUUCCUGAGCUAUUAUUUGCCCUAUCAGUUCUAAUGUAAGUGCGCUAACAGGAUGCACCUAAAAACCAGCCUGUGUUGGACACCAAACUCCUACUGUAGACACACCCGUAGUGUUCUCUGGAUUCACUUGUUGUAACUUGUGACCUACGUCUCAAUGACAGCACGAGCAACACGGCAGCGGGCUGAAGGCGCGGGAAGACAUGGCUUGCUCCAGCAUGUGCACAGCGGCGGGGUGCAAGGCACACCAGUGCAGAAGUCAGCAAGGAUGGAAAGCAAGAUUAAUGAACUACUGGAAGUUUGCUUCCUCGCACCCUGUUUUCUCUCUAGAGUAUAAGCAACAAGCUAUCAAAAUGUCAGUCUAAACCACAACAGCCUAACCUUACCCACGAGUUCAUCCAGCCCAGGCUCCUUACCCAGCUCUGCCCAGCGCUCCCCACCACCCCGCCGGCCCGUCCCCGCGCGCGGGUCCCCUCAGGCCCCGCCGGCGCCCACCUGGUGCCGCCCCGCACCCUCUGCACCGACACGGGGGACCCGCUGCACCGAUACGUGGCACCGACGCGGGGCACCCGCCCGCAGGCACCGCUGCACCGUGCCCGGCCCAGCGCGUCCCGCACACCCGGCCCGCGACUCUGCAGACAGCUCAGGCAACGCCAACAGCCCGCGCUGCCUCGCCUCUUCAGAGACCUUUGCCAAUCAAGCCUAUCGCAUCGCGGCGGAAGGAAAGCUGACGAGGGUCUGUUUAGUGAGCCGCGACCGCCGGCGGGCACAGCGCGGGUUCGGUGCCCCAGGGAGGCGGGGGGACCGGCCCCAAACACCGGGGUGCAGCCCCCCCCGGGCACCCCGCAGCCCGCCCAGCCGCCGCCGCGGCCCCAGCCCCGCUCCCCUGUCCCGCCCCGCCCCGCCCCGCCGCGGCCCCUCGGGCGGGCGCGCAGGAAGAUGGCCGGGCAAGGCGGCAGCGGCGCGGCGGCGCGGAGCGGCGGAGGCCGCGGCGUUGUGAUUUCAGACAAUUGGCCUGGAUACAGUCUGGAUUUGUUCACUUAUCCUCAGCACUACUAUGGAGAUCUGGAAUAUGUGCUCAUACCUCAUGGCAUUAUUGUUGACAGGACAGAACGAUUGGCCAAAGAUAUUAUGCAAGACAUUGGAGACAAUGAUAUUGUGGUUCUCUGUGUCCUCAAAGGUGGCUACAAGUUCUGUGCUGACCUUGUGGAGCACAUUAAAAAUCUCAGCAGAAAUUCAGAAAGGUUCAUCUCCAUGAAAGUCGAUUUUGUUAGACUGAAAAGUUACCACAAUGAUCAGUCUAUGCAAGAUAUGCAGAUAAUGGGAGGAGAUGAUCUUUCAAAGCUGACUGGGAAGAACGUUCUAAUCGUGGAGGAUAUUGUUGGAACUGGAAGGACUAUGAAGGUUCUGCUUAAUAAUAUAGAAAAAUACAAGCCAAAAAUGAUUAAAGUGGCAAGUUUGUUGGUGAAAAGAACGUCUCAGCCUGAUGGGUACAGACCAGAUUCACAUAUGUGUUAUCAAUGAUCAUGGCAAAGCAAAAUACAGAGUCUGAAGCAGUAACAUCCUCACCUGAAGAUCUGAAAGCUCAGUGAAGCAGAAGGUUGACUACACUCCCUUAAGCAUCUCCCAGAAGAACAGUUGACUGACCUGUGUUUCUUUCAACUCAAUAUAAGGCGUUUACUCUAGAGAUACUGAUUAAUAUUUACAGAACUGAGAACUCUUACCUAAAAUGUGAAGUAGGGGGCUUUUAAAGUUAUUACUUUUUUAAAGUAUUAAAUUUACCACAUGAUACCUUUUGACUAAUAAUUUGUUUGCCUCAAGUCUCAUUGUGCAUGCAUCUUUUCUUCACUCAGUCCAUCUUCCUACCCACUACAAUUCAUGUACUUCACUGUGUUACAUAAGAUCAUUCAAAAGUGCCGUUUUGUGCGUGAAGAUUAUUUUACAGAAUUUUAAUGACUUAAGUAUCCCUGUAGUCCUGCUCAGAUACACUGCUGCAAAAUUGAAAGUAUUAUUUUGAUACAAUUCCACAAUUAAAAAAUUUCAGCUGAAAUUGUAUGCUGUAUGAUAGUACAUUUCUAGCAGUUCAUUACUGCCUCUUCCAAACAGAAGUUUUAACUCUCAGAAUGUGCCAAGUUAGAAUGCUGGUGCGAAAUGAGCCUUUGCAAGACACCGUGCAUCUUGAAAUUGGAAGAUGUCAUUCAUGUUUUUGGUAUGUCAUGUAGCCAUAGAACUAACCUGUUCAAUGUGCUGAAUUUUAGUCAUGACAGAACAAUGCCAGGCAGGUUUCAAUUUCUGCGUGGUAUCCUAUGGGACACAAACAAAUAAAAAAAUAACAUGGUGCUCUCCUGUGCAUAUAUUCUUAAUUAAACCUCAUUAAGCACAAAAGUUUAAUGCUAGUCAGACAAUUAUUCAGGUAUGAUUUGGUUUUUGUAGCAUGUCUAAUUUGAGACUCUGUAACCUUGCAUUGUCUUCUAAGAAUACAGAGCUGGCCAUGUUGGAGAAGACUUGUAUAAAAAAAGAAAAAAAAAUAGAGGGAAACAGAAAACCAGUUGACAUAGGAAUACCGUAGACUCUAGAUUCCUUCCUUCCCUUAUACAUCAUGUUUGAAGCGGUUUGAUAAUUUACAUGCUGUAAUAAGUGAGAAAAAUUUAAUUCUGUACUGUACGUAGCUGUUCUCAACAACUUCCUGAGAGAAGCCAAUGCAAAGAAGGUGUCUGUGUAUCAGUAGCUUUGCUCUGAACUGUAAGUGGCAGAUUGUUUUUAGCUUCAGGUUCCUUUAAUAAAGAAACAUUAAAAACA